AUGGAUCUCCUCCAUCCUUAUACCAAGGAGUGGAAGGUGAAGCUAGAGGAGCUAGAACUAGGAUGUGAUGCGCCUGAUGAGAGUGACGAUGAGGUUGGUGAUGACUAUGGAAUUGAGGUGGCUGAUUGGGUCGAGGAAAAUGAGAUUGAUAAUGUUUUGGAUGGCGGAGACGAUGAUUAUGAAGAUGAGGAUGAAACCGAUACCCAGGAGGAUUUGGAACCAGAUGAAGUUUCAAAAGAGAAUAUUGAGGAUAGCGAGGAAUACUGGGAUGAGCAGUGGAAGAAGGCUAUGAGAAGUUCUGAUAAAAUGGAGAAGCUAGUCAAGACAAGCAUUGAGGCAUCAAAAGAACAAGCUGAGGAAGAUGAGGAGGAGCAGGAGAGGGCAAGCAGCAGGAGUGCAGCGGAUGGAAGUCAGAGCAAUGCAAACACAGGGCUCUUCUUGAGGGCUGCUGUCCGCCCAUUCACUUACAGAAAUCUUGUCAAGGAAAUUGUUCUGAUGAGACACCACAUUAUUGAUGGAGAGAUAGUUUAG